AUGGCAGGCACCACUGCUUUGCCACUUCAGGAAUUCAUCGCGUCAUUGGACGAUACCUGUCUGCCAAAAAUUUUGCAAGUUUGCUCUGGAGUAUAUUUCCAAGGUUCUAUAUAUGAAAUUUCUGGGAGUGAAGUGUGCUUUUCCACUGGGGAUCUAAUAAAGGUCACUAAAAUUGAGCUCCUAUCAGUUUCCUGUCAAGACGUAGCAAACAAUGAAACAUUUGAGCUGCCCAUCAGCCACACAGGCUUGUUCAGGGUCGUUCCAGAGGAGAUGCCGUACAGUACGGUAGAGGAGAUGGUCAGCAUGAGGCCAGUAGGCCUCGACUCCUCUCUUCCCUUCACUUUCUCCAGCCACUCCAAGAUGACCAUUGACAAUUUAGCACUGGGAGCUGGGACAGCUUUGACUGUGCUCUCUGUUGAGAAACACAAGGAUCAAGAGGAUCAAGUCCGCUGCCUUAUUCGAGGACAACAAGAAGCCUCAGCUGAAGUGUGCAUCCCUGUUUCUUUCCGAGGGGAGUUCUAUGAGUGUGAGAGUGAGGAGCGCUUUACCCUGCGGGAGAUCAUGUCCUCGUCGUCCCUGCGUAGCCGAAGGUUUCGCUUUGUCAAUGCUACCAAGUGUGAUCGGCCCCUUAUCCUCAGUCCAGUAUACCAUGUCCAGGCCGUCAUGAACUUGAGGAAGAAUGUGGUGAAGUUCCCAUCCAGCUUAGAAGUGGAUGUGGUCGAUGUCACCGAGCUGUGUAAAGAUGUGAAUUUUAUUGUGCCCCUUUCUCUGAGUGAAGUCCACUCUGAGCCGAAUAAAUCAUUCCCUGGAGUGGUGGAGAUCAUCGAAGACCCAGAGACACGCUCCCUGUUCAAGUGCAGCUGGCUACCGGAGCUUCGCAAGAAUGAGCACCUGAUUUUUCACAAAAAAGGAACCUCGCCCAUGAUUUUAUUAUCCACUUUGAAAAGCAGGAAAAUACCGCAGUACUUCCUGGUGUCUCAGCAAUAUGGAGGACGUUUCCGGAGACGGCCAAGAGAGUUUAAUUCGGUAUACGAGCUGUACGUUGCAUCAAUCCACGCGCCAGGUCUGAAGGUCAGCGUAACAAGGAACUGUGAGGAAGUGGAAGAGGAGGGACUCCCUGCCCUCAGUGUGGGGGAACAGCUUGAGGUUGUGCGUUGCGAUAGGAUGGUUUUACCCUGUGAAAGCAAAGCAGGACAGAAGCAGUCGGUAGAGGCUCUUUUGUGUUAUCGCCUUCAAGAGUCGGACGAUGAGGAUGAUGAUGAUGAGGAUCAGGUGAAAAGGGAGGAUGAAAAGGAGGAGAUUAUUAUGCCUCUUUACAUGGAGGGUCACUUUGUGGAAGUACUCAGUGACAACAGGAAGUACAAACUCAGUGACUUGGGGAAGGAGUUUAGCUUGCCUCUGGAUGUUAAAGUGGUGGGCCGUGAUACAGAACUCGAGAAGGAUCCCCUCUAUGGGUUUUCAUGUCUCAGAAUAGAGGCAGCUAUGUUAGAACCCACCAUUCAAGCAAGCUUUGUACACAAGCCAGAGUACUGUUUCGAGAUCCCAACGCAGUGGCUCUCAAUGUCUGUCUAUUUUACUACAGACCCCCUCCCAUGGCCCAAAGAUCAACCCCCCAAGUUUCAAGUGGAAAGAGUUACCGAAGUUGCAGACACAUUCUUUUAUGAGUUUCGCAAACUUGGUAACUCAGAUGCGGAGCCGCCACCUCGACCACCAAAGCGAAACAUGUCAUUUUCGGCACCUCCCAAAAAAACAAAGAAAUCAAAGAAGGCAAACAAAUCCAAACAUCAAGGAGACAAAAGCGUCCCAACCAAACAGUUCAGCGACUUGACUUUGAAUAACAAAAAGAGGCCCCCCGCUCCACCACCUCCCGCUAAUGAAGAUGAGCCCCCACCACUUGUGCCCCGAAAGUUCUCAGCGGCUGACCAAACCAUAGGCAAGGCUCUGCCAAACACUUAUGUACAAAUGAAGGAGUCUGCUAAAACAGGGAGUGUGCCUGAGGAUGAAAAUGGGGACAGUGACCAUGACUAUGAAACUGUGGAUGACACUUUGGCUGUUAUGAUGAAGAAAGCACAAGAGAAUGUUAUGUACUACUAAAGGAAAUAUCUUCUACAUCUUCUGCAACAGAGAAAAAUCCUGCUUGAGCAGUGAGAACUGAACUGUUGGCUAAGGUAUUGCAGUUUGUGAGUCCACUCACUGAAAAAAAGGUCUGAAUUAUUUUUCAUUUUUGUGUUUUUUUUACGAACUA